UGCUCACCCACUGAGCUAUACCACCAUGUAUAGUUGCACUCUCUCAUUACAAGUACGAAUUUGGUAAUAUGUUUCUUCAGAUGACCCGAUAAAUACUGAAAGACUACAUUUAACUGCUACAUAAAUCAUAGUAUAAUGUAAUAUAUUUACUAGUUUAUUACUAGUAUAAUUCCAUUUGCAACUCAAUCAAGAGAUUGAUUAAGAAACAGUGGUCUUUAGGACCCUGCAACAAAACCCAUAGCCUGCAAGGGAAAGAGGAACAAGAGUUGAACAGCGCUGUGCUCAACACAGAGAUAAUAACAAAUAGAAGGGGUUUGCUGUAAAUUCAGCUGAAAUUCUGGGAAGAGAUAGUACAGAGCAAGUGAUUUCAUCUAGUGAUAUCAUAUUAAAGAACGAACAUAUUGACUUAUUUAUUGAGUUAGAACUGAGUCCUACAUGACACAUGUAAAACUGCAUGCCUCCAGGCAGCACGUACUGUAGGAGUGAAGUACGAGAAAACGACGUGAGCAGAAUACCGCAGUGCUUAGAGUAUCUGACUAUUCAGCAGCAGUGUCCAGAGCAAAGAAUACAUUCAAAAUAAGGAUCUCCUGAGACCCAUCAUCUGAAAACAAAAUAACAUACAGAAAGACACUAGGAAAGAAAGAAAAGCACUGCGUUUAGGACUGAUCAAAGGAACAGCCAGCUGAAGUUCAAGAAGAAAAACAAGGAUGUCAAAACAAGGACACUCCGGUUUAGUGUAUUUGAUCACGGGAGGCUGUGGUUUCCUUGGCCAGCAUCUGCUGCGGACACUGUUAGAAAGAGAAGAUGAAGUCGUGGAAAUUCGCCUUUUUGAUCAAGUCACCCGACCAAACCUAGUGGACCAUAGCACUGAGAGGGUGAAAGUGGUGUUGAUUCAGGGCGACAUCACGGACUAUGACAGUGUGCUGGUGGCAGCCACGGGAGCAGACCUGGUCAUCCAUACUGCUAGCCUGGUGGAUGUAUGGCAUCGAGUCCCAGAGGAAACCAUCCACCGGGUUAAUGUUCAAGGAACAGAAAAUGUCAUCAAAGCAUGUAUGAAAUCUGGGAUCCAGCACCUCAUUUACACAAGCAGCAUGGAGGUUGUGGGGCCCAACAUCAAGGGAGACCCGUUUAUCAGAGGGAACGAGGACUCCUUGUAUGAAGUAUGCCAUGAAAUGCCCUAUCCCAAGAGUAAGGCGGAAGCUGAGAGAUUGGUGCUGGAGGCCAACGGCAAAAAGGGGAAAGGAGAUCUUUGCCUGUGGACCUGUGCCCUGCGGCCCACUGGGAUCUACGGGGAGCAGCACCAGCUAAUGAGGGAUUUUUACCAGAUGGGAGUGCGCACUGGGGGCUGGGUGAUCCGGGGUGUUCCACGUGACACUGAGCACGGCCGUGUUUACGCAGGCAACGUGGCCUGGAUGCAUGUGCUGGCAGCCCGCAAGCUGCGACAGCACCCCCACAGGCUGGGAGGGGAAGUGUACUUCUGUUACGACGACUCACCCUACAAGAGCUACGAGGACUUCAACAUGCAGUUCUUGUCACAGUUCCGCUUCCGCGAGGUGUGGGUGCCCGUGUGGAUCCUGUGGCUGGUGGCAUGCCUCAAUGACCUGCUGCAUUGGUCCCUGAAGCCCAUGUGGCUCUACACGCCGCUGCUGAACCGCUACACGCUGGCUGUGGCCUGCACCUCUUUCACGGUGUACUCUGAUAAGGCUGAGCGGCACUUUGGCUACCGGCCACUCUACAGCUGGGAAGAGGCCAGGGCACGUACACAGAGCUGGGUGAACACCUUCACGGAAAGCCCUAAAGAUACCUGACCCGGCUCACAUUACCUGCCUUUUAACCAUGCAUUUCUCUGUCACUUUCCUCCUUGUCAUAUUUAAAUUCUCUCUAAAUUAUUCAGUCAAGUCAAUGACAUUUCAGAUAAAGAAUUUUACUGUACUAAUAGAAAUACUACUACUAAUAAUAUCAGAUAAUAUACAAUAUAUAAUAUGACAAUUUCAUUUAUAAUAAAUUAAAUAAUCCUUAUACAGGUAACAACAAAUAUCAAUUUUGUUUCCACUGAUGUGGGAAAGCACAGCUUCAGCUUCCCUGUGUCUGAAAUCUGAAAAGUGCAUAUUAAUGACUAAUGAUUUCCUUUCUAGCUAAAGAGAAGUAAAGAAAUUUGCUGAAGGUAGAACUGUUUUUUUUUUUUUUCCAUUUAUAUGAGACUAAGAACUACCUUUGUAAAAACCUUGCUUGAAAGUAUAGUUGUUUUUGGUGGCCUGUCUUAAUUUUAGUUUUAGUCUAGUCUUUGCAUCAAGCUGUCAUUUUAGUUAUUAUUAGUUUUAGUCACGUCCAUACUCAUUUUAGUCUAGUCAAGUUUCAGUCGACUAAAAGUCUGAGCAUUUUAGUCAUAUUUUAGUCAGAAUUAUCCAUGACUAUUUUAGUCUAGUUUUAGUCAACGAAAACUGAUGACAUUUUAGUCUAGUUUUAGUCAAUGAUAAUUGUAUUUUAGUCUCUUUAUUUUAGUGAUGCAAUUCUAUUUUACCUAGUCAAUAUAGUACAAGUACCUAGUAGAAUAGACAAAAACUAAAUUUUGUUUUAGUCAAACACAUUUCACAAUUAAAACAAGGUUCUUAUUAUUAUAUUAUUGUUACCUUAUAGACUCAAGAAUACUCUACAUCCAUUCCAGACACGGAAGACGCUCUGAUUUGAAUUUAAAACAUUUAUUUUGCCAACCAAACAUGUUUGAACUUAGAAGUACACACACAUUUAAAUAAAAUAAAUAAAUAAAAUUAUGUCCA